GUCGGUGUUGUGGUUUCUGCAUGGUUUAAAAUAAACCUGACUUAAGUCACUUUUCUCGUAGCUAUGUGUUCCGGAGGUUUGACUUCGAGCUCGCGGGAUUAGAGUUUUAGUAUUACCAGCCGAUCUGUUGAAGUCAGACUUGAAGACUGUUUGGAAGAGCGUAUGCUGCCCGGGCGCGUAAUAUCCAUCGUCGUUUCCCAAUGAGCAGUAGCAGCACAACUGUGAUAUUGAGGAUAGCCUAAGGAUUAUAACAAAAAAAAAAGCAUUUUAAAAAGCAAAAUGGCGUCACACCGUGUAUAUUAUUUUCUACAAAUUUUCACAAUAGCCGUACUAGCGUAUGGAGCCCAAAUUCCACAGUCAACAAAAUUCUCCUCGUCUUCGGCGUCAUCAUCGAAAACAACAACAGUUGAACCAACAGUGCGGAUACAAUGUUUGUCCGGUUCAAUGUUAAUAACAAUCAAAGAUGCUCCGCCAAGUCAUGAAAACGGUCUUUUCAGUGGAAUGAUUUAUCCUAAGGGAUUAUCGAAAAAUUCAACAUGUCUGACAGAAUACCGUGACCACGAUGGACCUUUACGCUACAAACUUCCUCUACGUAGUUGCAAUACUAUGCCACAAGAAACGGAUGACGGGGGUAUUGAAUUCUUCAAUACGAUUGUCCUUCAGCCCCAUUUGAAGCUGGUCACUGAUCUUGGACGUGGCUAUCAUGUACGUUGUCGCUACCAAAGUCGGGAAGCUGCUACGAAACAACAACAACAAUCGGCUACGAAUUGGGCUGAACAUGCUCAGCCCUACCGAAGUGAUGCUAACGACCCGAUCGAAUCGAGCGAUCGACGCGAUCAUGGCCGAUCUUUGGAUAUCGAAACGAAACUAACCACAUCCCAUGGUAAUGGUGUCGAUGCUGAUGGGGAUGUACCAAUGCCCGGAUGUCACAUGAAGAUCUACACAGGCGAUAAGAUUGCUGAGAACGUCAAGAUCGGUGAUCCUUUGACACUGGUUGUGAAUAUUGAUGAGCAGGAAUUAUAUGGAUUGCAUGUGACAGAUUGUCUUGUAAGGGAUGGUCUCGGAUGGGGAGAACAGAAACUGAUCAAUGAUAAUGGAUGCCCAUUGGACAAUGAAAUUAUGGGAUCAUUCGAAUACUCAGAAGACAGAAUGGCUGCAACUGUAACAUUCCCUGCUCACAAAUUCCCAUAUACUGCAUCCGUUUACUACCAAUGCAAUGUCAGAUUAUGCGCUCUUCAGGAUCCUGAUUGUCAAAAGGCACCAACCUGUGGGUCAAAUAAACGGCCAAAACGACAGGCUAACGGAAAGGAGGAUGAUAGCGAUGGACUUCCAGCCUUCAUCGAAGUAUACUCAGGAUUGUAUGUGAAUGAAAACCCAGAAAUUUCAGAAAGUGAUGGGGAUUCAGUCUUCAAAGAGAAGACACCGGAUGAUGCUCUGUGCAUUUCACAACGUACGUUCGCUAUUGCGAUUGCAAUUGCUGGUCUUAUCCUGAUGUUAGCCGUUGUUGCUGCUGUUCUUUGCAUAAUGGCCCGAAGACGUGGCAAGACUGUUUCAAAUUCGGGUAGUUCCAUAUACAGUGGACCCUACACAAACACAGCAUUUUCACAUAGUAGCUAGAGAGAAACGCCCCUGUUUAUUUCUUUAAUUUGUUAACAACCGCCCUCCUCACAAAAAUCAAAAAACUAAAAUAAUUUUCUAAGAAUAAACUUCAACAAAAUGUUGCCAAAUUCAUGUGAUUACUGGAAAAAGUAUGAAUUGAGAUAUAAUUUAGAUGAGAGUUUAAUGCAUGUAGUUGUUUUAGAGAAAACCCUAAUUGAAUUCGAAUAUUCAGUUUCAUAAAAUAAACAGAAGGAGGAAAGAAUUUGGUGCAGAAACAGAAAUAUUUAUGUACAUUCUUAAAUAGGAUCAGUGUUUGAAGUUUUCAAAUCAAACAGAAAGUUCCAACUGAAAAUUUUAGAUUUGAAACCAAUUUGCGGGUUGUUUCUUUGUUACGCUUCGAAAGCUUUGUUAACACAAUCAAAUUAAAUUCCUCAAAUAACAGCUACUAUAAUGGAUUAAAUUUAUGUUAAACAUAUAUUAAGUCAUACUGUAUAUGUUAAUAACUUUACUAUACUUUAAAAGUCGAGUAAUAAUUUUCCAAGAUAAUACUAGGCAAUAAGGGCAUUGCCUACUAAUAUCGCAGAGAUUUUGGUCCGUACUUUGCUUGAACAUUCAUACGAUGGGGGCCCUGUUUUUAUUUAUAUCUUCUCUCUUAUUUAAAAUCUCCGUUUAGUGCCAUUAUAAAUAUUUAAUCUUACUAUACUUUAAGCUUUAUUCAUUCCCAGUGUCUUUUUUACUCCUAUUUUCGAAAGUAUAUUCGCGCCCCAAAAUACGCUUUUUCAAUGCAAAGGAAAGACAAGAAAAUCUCUGAUAACAUUCCUAUCCAAACUAAUUAUAGAAACACACUCUUCCCACAUACAUAUGUAUAAAAUAUCUCCAAAACAGAAACAGAAAUUUAAUUUCUGCAGGAAUCUUAUCUGGUGGUGGGUCCUCUCAGCUGUAUACUGUCAAAGCUUGGGUUCUCCCUAGGGAACCGAGCUUCAACAUAUCCUCCCUAUACAUAUACACAUUACACACAAAUAUAAUCAAUAAAUGUGAAAUAAACAUUAUUAAGAAAUAAGUGAACAUUUGAAACAGUCUUGUCAUAUAUUCGCUAUUAUUCGUCAAUUAAGUCACUAAAUUUUAACGGACGUAUAUAAUUAAUGAAAGCAAGUUAAUUAUCUAUUCAGAGAAAAAUAUGAAAAUGCAAAAAAUAAAUACUUAUAAAUACUUGACAUUUCCUUAGUACCUUCCCAGGAAGGGUGUUGAGCAUGUAAUUAAACAUAUUAAUGGAAAAUGUAAAACGCAUUAACAUUUUACGAUAUUUCACUUUGAAUUGCUUCACUGAUUUGUUUUUCGCAAAUACUCCGCACUUUUCAAAAUGAAUCAAAUUGAUUGUGGCCAAAAGCAACAAUAUCCUCGAUUUGUCGUGUUUCGAGGAUAAGCACAAUCGCUAUGCAUUUUGCUUAGUUGUUAUUUGACUAUUGUUUCACCUGAGGGAAUUCAAAACAGGUCACUGGAGCUUUUCAAACAAAUUAAAAAGAAAAGGAUAAAAAAAUUGUAAAAUUUUGAAUAGAAGUCAUUGAACCAAGUUUCAACUGGAAUUUUGCGUUCAAUGUUGUAGAAUGAAAAAUGUUAAAAAAUGCGUGGAAAACCUACAAGGAAACAUUCAAUGUAAAACAACGAAUAUCAUCAUGUUUAAAAACUGAAUAAACAAAAUGAGGUGCUUUAAAUUGUAUAAAUCGAUAAA